AUGAAAAGAGGGGUUUUCAGUAAUUCAGGCGGGCACAGAGAAGCCCGGGCGUUGCCGGUGGCUGAAAGGGUUUUCUGGAAGUGCCGUGGGUUUCGGCCCCUGGAAGCGGCAGCGGGCGGCCCCCCGGGGGCCCGCCUGCUGAGGGGGGGCCGCGGCCUGGCCCUGCGCCUCCGCCCUGGGCGCGAGGAUGCAGGUGUAUCCCCUGAAAAGACAGCCACGGAUCCCGGUGGUGAAAACAAGAAACUCAACAAAUCCCAGCAACUGAAACAAGUUUUUAAAGAAUAUGGUGCUGUAGGGGUUUCAUUCCAUGUUGGAAUUUCAUUAGUAUCUCUAGGAAUCUUCUACCUGGCUGUGUCAAGUGGUGUGGAUAUGACUGCAGUUCUCUUCAAACUUGGGUUCAGUGAAUCAUCGUUGCAAUCUAAAAUGGCUGCUGGUACAAGCACAUUUGUGUUGGCAUAUGCUAUUCACAAAUUGUUUGCUCCAGUACGAAUCAGCAUUACUAUAGUUUCUGUGCCAUUUAUUGUCCGAUACUGCCGGAAGAUUGGUUUCUUCAAACCUCCUGCCCCAAAUCCAUGACGAUUUCUUACUGGUUUUUACUCUGUUUUUUAAAUGCUCUAUAUCCAUGUACCUUUUCAGAUUGCUAAAUUUCUUUAAAAGACUUACUUGGAUGCAUGUUAAUGCUGACCUCGUCUUGCAUUUCUUACUUGUUCUUUCAGGUAAAUGUUACACUGUGAAAAGUGCUGUCCUUAUCUUCUUCCCCUUUUGCCACCUCUUCUUCAGGAAAAACCUGUUAAAAUGGUAUCUGGUUUCCGCUGCAAAUGGUAAUAUAAAUGCUUGACAAUGAGCAGUCUCUUUAGCACACACAGUUCUGGGUCUUUAUAAUGUAGCUUUUUGGGCCUUAAUUUUUUUUCUUGUGAAAAUAGAGUGGCAGCAUCAGUUUAUUACUGUGUAGUUGGGAAACACAGUAAGAUUCUCUUCCUAAUAGUCUGUGGAAUAAACAAUAUCCUACUAUACGAAUAGUUCUUUUGGUAAGUGUAUAUAUUGGAAUCUAAGGUUGUAGGUGGGUGUUUCUUUUGUUAUAAAAAGCAUAUAUUAUGAUGCCAGUCUUGCAAUACAACAUACUUGCUGAACUAACUUAAGUGGGAGUACCUGUAUACUUAAGUAUUGCACAAUGAUAAUUGUUUUAGCCAGAAUAGGUGAUGCACUGUUCUGAAACUACAGCUUCUUUGUGGUGCUUCCGUGUUUCAAGAUUUUAUUGUUUGAAAAUGUGCUUUAUUUAUAGGCUAGGAACUAGCGUUAAAGUCCUUUUUUUUUAAAAAAAAAUUUUAUGCCUAUAGACUCAGAAGGAAUCCUGAGUCUACUGAAGUCAGUGUAACCAGAAUUACCUCCUAUGUGAACAUAUUCCAAAGAUCAUCAAUUCAGAGGCAAGGUAUCUGUGGGUUUUUAAUGUAUUGAGAUCUGGUCUUGUACAGGAGACACAUUUUUAUCUGAAAACUAACCCUAGCAGCUUUCUGCUCCUGUGGAUGAAACUCAGAUCUGCACCUGAAGUCCAGACAUCACAAUUCAUAGCUUCUCAAGAGCAAUUCCUGUGCUUUUGUCUGACAGACUGCUGACAUGAAAAGCAUUAGAGGUGCUUUUCAUUUGCUUAUUUGGACACUAUUCCUAUUACAAUGUAGUUGCACAUGCAUAUAUUCACAUACCACCUUUCAGUUAACCUAAAGACUGGAUCUCAAGACUAGGCAGUCAGUGUGACGUUCUGUGGUAAACCUGGGUUUCAGACUGAGGACUGUUCUGUGAGAUAACUCAAGCCAGAUCUAUCAGUCUUUUGGACCUGUUCCUCCUUCCAGGACUGCUCUUUUUACAUUGUCCUUCUCUGUCUUUGUGUUUACGCUUACUUACCCCAAGGUGGCUCUGACACAGAUCUGUUUAUACAGGAAUCCGAUUAAAGUAAAAUAGCAGGAAAUUAUUACCCUGGUGAUCAGAGUAAUUUUUUUUUUUGCUGAAGUUUAGUGAAUUGAGAGGAAGGAAUCGUGGGGUUAGGAUGAGAGUUGGCUGAGGGAGGGAAGGAGGAACAAGUAAUUUCUUCUUGUUACGAGCAACCUAUUCACUCCACUCAGCCAUAGCACUGAAUUGCACCCUAACUCCUUUCCCACUCAGAAAGUCCAACCCAUAGGCUGGUUGGAUGCUCUGAGGAUCCUCAGGCUCACAAGUGAGCAAGCAGAGUUUGUGCUCUAGGAAGAUGAGUCACAGCCACAUAUAUCCUUGUACCUCUGUAUUAUUGCUACCCCUUGGUUAAUCGGAGGUUUUCUCCAA